UGGGCCCCCCAAGCGCACUUCUACGCGGUUGCUCGCAUGGAUCCCGUCUCAAUGGUCCAGCAUCUCGAUGACCCGUUCGCCCUGGAGGCAGCGAAGCAGCUGGAAGAGCGAACCAAGACCUACCUGAUAUACAUAAACGAUUCUCCCCCGAUGGCGAUGCCUAGGGAGUGGUAUUUGUACCAAGUUACUGCGAUCGCGACCACGCCUCCACCCCCGUGCAAAGCCGAGAACCGUGGCCCGGAAGUCUGCGUUCCCAUAUCCCCGACCGACACCCACCCCACCGGACGCAUCCCUAUCAAAACUGAGCCCGAUCCUUUCCCGUUUCCCAACUGCUUCCACUGGCCACUCGAGGCCAUGUGGGUCUGCGUCUUGCCUCGACCCGAGGGCUGGAACCGUGACAAGGCUAUCAGGUUGACCGUGGAGUCUCGAGUACUGAUGAGUACAUACUGGGAAAACGACAAGUUUCGA